GUGUGGGGGGGCCCCGCGCUGCCCCCCGCCAAGCGGGCGGUGAGGCGGCACCUCCAUGACGGACCCCGCGCGGAGGCACUUGCGCCGUUCGGGGGCUCCUUCCCCGCCGCCUCCACCCCGUGGUUUAUUUAUUUAUCUCUCUUCUCUGUUUAUUUAUUUAUCUAUCUCUCCCCAAUUCUUUAAGGCGGCCCCGGCAGGGCCCGGUCCCCGCCGCCGGUGCCGUCCCCUCCCCGCCGCCCCUCGGCCCGGCCUCCGCCUGUGCGCGGGCAGCCGGGAUAAAUCGGGCAGCGCUGCCAAGCCCGGUGUGACAGGGCUGUCACACAGCUCCCGGCUCCUCGUGUUUACUUCCCCGUGCUCGGGGAUCACGCAUCUGCAGCUCCGCAUGGCAAGAUGGAUGUGGCGUGCGUGGCUCGGGCUCGAUGUCGCUGUUUCAGCCCGGUUUAGGGUCCUCCCGGAGGAUUUAAAGAGCGACUAGCGAAGGGAAAACAUAAACAAGCUGAAUGGUGAAUGCUCGCAGCUGCAGGGCUCCAAGGCGACGGCAUGCUACACCCUGGAAGCUCCCUGGCUCUGGAACUGAUAGCCAAGUCCAAGGACAAAGAGGGACAGGAAUUGUCAGCAGUAAAUGGUUUGCAGGGAGGACAGGUGUUGCUAAUUGUUGCCCUAUUGUGCGUUCACGUGAUGCAGCGCAGUUACAGACAUAGAACUGAAGAGGCUCAAAGAUGCUUUCAAGAGAACUUGUGGCCUCUCCUAUUAUAUGACCCAGCAGUGCUUCAUCAGGGAAGUUCUGGGUGAUGGGGUCCCUCCCAAAGUUGCUGAGGUUAUCUACUGUUCAUUUGGAGGAAUAUCCAAAGGGCUGCACUUCAAUAACUUGAUAGUUGGAUUAGUUCUACUCACAAGAGGCAGAGAGGAGGAGAAAACAAAAUAUAUUUUCAGCCUCUUCUCUAAUGAAUCUGGGAGUUAUGUUGUCCGUGAAGAGAUGGAGAAGAUGCUGCAUGUGGUUGAUGGGAAAGUCCCAGAGUCACUCAAGAAAUGCUUCUCUGAGGGUGAGAAGGUGAACUAUGAGAAGUUCAGGGUUUGGCUGCUGCACAACAAAGACGCUUUCACCUUCUCGCGGUGGCUGCUCUCAGGAGGGGUCUACGUGACCCUCACUGAUGACAGUGACACCCCAACCUUCUACCAGACCCUGGCUGGAGUCACACACUUGGAAGAAUCUGACAUCAUUGACCUGGAGAAGAGAUACUGGCUGCUGAAGGCUCAGUCACGGACUGGACGCUUCGAUUUGGAGACAUUUGCCCCCUUGGUGUCCCCCCCAAUCCAUCAAUCCCUGAGUGAAGGUUUGUUUAAUGCUUUUGAUGAAAACCGAGACAAUCACAUAGAUUUUAAAGAAAUUUCCUGUGGGCUCUCAGCAUGUUGCAGGGGACCCUUGGCAGAGAGACAGAAGUUUUGCUUCAAGGUGUUUGACGUGGACCGCGAUGGGGUCUUGUCUCGCACCGAGCUCAAGGACAUGGUGGUGGCACUUCUAGAGGUCUGGAAAGACAACAGGACAGACAAAAUACCUGAGUUGGACAUGGGUUUGUCUGAAAUCGUGGAAGAUAUUUUACAUGUGCAUGAUAACACAAAGCUUGGACACCUCACUCUGGAGGACUACCAGAUAUGGAGUGUGAAGAGUGCUCUUGCCAAUGAAUUUCUAAAUCUGCUUUUUCAGGUGUGUCACAUCGUUUUGGGACUGCGACCUGCCACCCCAGAGGAGGAGGGACAGAUUAUUAGAGGCUGGUUGGAAAGAGAGAGCAGGUAUGGCCUCCAGCCAGGGCACAACUGGUUUCUCAUUGCUAUGCCCUGGUGGCACCAGUGGAAAGAAUAUGUCAAAUAUGAUGCAAACCCAGUUGUGAUAGAGCCUUCAUCUGUCUUGAGUGGAGGUAAGAAUCCCCUGGUAGCUGCUGCAGCCAAUACCCCAGAACAGGGAGAAGACAAAAUGGGAGGUCUUAAUGACUUCAGUGCACCAGAAGAAAAGUUUUCAGAUAAUAUUUCCACUGCCUCAGAAGCCUCAGAGUCCACCAGCAGCAAUACUCUGUACCCUGGCACCCCAGGCUCUGAGGUGAGCUUUGCAAGGCAGCACAACACUUCAGACAAUAACAACCAGUGUUUCCUCGGGUCCAAUGGGAAUGCUCUGCUGCAGCUGAACCCCCAGAAACCAGGAGCUAUUGAUAACCAGCCCCUGGUGACCCAGGAGCCAGUCAAGGCUGCAUCAUUAACUAUGGAGGGUGGAAGGUUGAAGAGAUCCCCACAGCUGGUGGAAGGAAAGGACUAUGUCAUGGUGCCAGAACCAGUCUGGAGAGCACUUUACCACUGGUAUGGAGCAAACCUGUCCUUGCCCAGGCCGGUGAUCAAGAACAGCAAGACCAACGUGCCAGAGCUGGAGCUGUUCCCUCGGUACCUGCUGUUCCUGCGGCAGCAGCCGGCCACGCGCACCCAGCAGUCCAACGUCUGGGUCAAUAUGGGUAUGAUGAGCCUCAGAAUGUUCCCUCAGCAUUUGCCCAGAGGCAAUGUCCCUUCCCCAAAUGCUCCUUUGAAGAGGGUGCUGGCUUACACUGGCUGCUUCAGUCGCAUGCAAACCAUCAAAGAGAUCCACGAGUACCUGUCCCAGAGGCUGCGCAUAAAGGAGGAGGACAUGCGCCUCUGGCUCUACAACAGCGAGAACUAUCUCACUUUGCUGGAUGAUGAAGAUCACAGACUGGAAUACCUUAAAAUCCAAGAUGAGCAGCAUUUAGUAAUAGAAGUUCGAAACAAAGACAUGAGCUGGCCAGAAGAGAUGUCUUUUAUAGCAAACAGCAGUAAAAUAGACAGACACAAAGUUCCUACUGAGAAGGGUGCUACAGGCCUGAGCAACCUGGGGAACACGUGCUUCAUGAACUCCAGCAUCCAGUGUGUCAGCAACACACAGCCCCUGACCCGUUACUUCAUCUCAGGGAGGCAUCUCUACGAGCUGAACAGGACAAAUCCCAUAGGAAUGAAAGGACACAUGGCCAAGUGCUAUGGGGAUUUGGUGCAGGAGCUGUGGAGUGGCACCCAGAAGAACAUAGCUCCCUUAAAGCUGAGGUGGACAAUAGCAAAAUAUGCUCCAAGAUUUAAUGGCUUUCAACAGCAAGACUCACAGGAACUUCUGGCUUUUCUCCUGGAUGGGCUCCACGAGGACUUGAACAGAGUUCAUGACAAGCCAUAUGUGGAGCUGAAGGACAGUGAUGGCCGGCCAGACUGGGAGGUGGCAGCAGAGGCCUGGGAAAACCAUCUGAGAAGAAACAGAUCCAUUGUUGUAGAUUUAUUUCAUGGGCAGCUGAAGUCACAAGUGAAAUGUAAAACUUGUGGGCAUAUAAGUGUUAGGUUUGACCCUUUUAAUUUUUUAUCCUUGCCUUUGCCAAUGGACAGCUACAUGCACCUAGAAAUUACAGUAAUUAAAUUAGAUGGUACCACUCCUGUUCGAUAUGGGCUGAGAUUGAACAUGGAUGAGAAGUACACAGGCUUGAAAAAACAGCUGAGUGAGCUCUGUGGCCUCAAACCAGAGCAGAUUCUGCUUGCAGAGGUGCACAGCUCCAAUAUAAAGAAUUUCCCUCAGGACAACCAGAAGGUGCGGCUGUCCGUGAGCGGCUUCCUGUGUGCGUUUGAGAUCCCCAUCCCAGGCUCCCCCACGUCAGCAUCCAGCCCCGUGCAGACAGAGACAUCCACUGGGCCAUCAGCCAACGGAGCCCCCACCAUCCUGAUGAACGGGGACGUGCCCAAGCCAAGCCUCAUUCCCAAUGGGAUGCCAAACACUGUGGUGCCGUGUGGGACGGAGCGCAGCCCGCCCAGCUGGACCCUCAACGGCCACGUGCCCUCGCUGUGUGACAGCCCCUGCACAGGCUACAUCAUUGCAGUGCACAGGAAGAUGAUGAGGACAGAGCUGUAUUUUCUCUCAUCUCAGAAGAAUCGGCCCAGUCUCUUUGGAAUGCCACUGAUUGUCCCCUGCACAGUUCACACACGGAAAAGGGACCUCUAUGAUGCUGUGUGGAUCCAGGUUUCCAGGCUGGCCAGCCCCCUCCCUCCUCAGGAAGCCAGUAACCAUGCCCAGGACUGUGAUGACAGCAUGGGGUAUCAGUACCCCUUCACCCUCAGGGUAGUUCAGAAGGAUGGAAAUUCUUGUGCUUGGUGUCCAUGGUACAGGUUCUGUCGUGGCUGCAAGAUUGAGUGCACAGAGGACAGGGCCUGCGUGGGCAAUGCCUACAUUGCUGUGGACUGGGACCCCACCGCGCUGCACCUGCGCUACCAGACCUCGCAGGAACGGAUCGUGGAAGAACACGAAAGUGUUGAACAAAGCCGCCGAGCCCAGGCAGAGCCCAUCAACCUGGACAGCUGCCUGAGAGCCUUCACCAGCGAGGAGGAGCUGGGGGAGGAUGAGAUGUACUACUGCUCCAAGUGCAAGACCCACUGUCUGGCCACCAAAAAACUGGAUCUGUGGAGACUUCCCCCUAUUUUGAUCAUUCACCUGAAAAGAUUUCAGUUCGUUAACGGCCGCUGGAUAAAAUCUCAGAAAAUUGUUAAAUUUCCCAGAGAAAAUUUUGACCCAAGUGCCUUUUUGGUACAAAGGGAUCCGAGUCAUUUCCAAAGGAAGCAGCUCACCCUGCAGGUUGAGAGCCUUCCUGAAGCACGGCCUGGCCAAGGGGACACCAGGAAAGCAGAAGUGCAGAUCAGUGGCACAGCAGGAGAAGGGGACACACUGAACAGGAGUCCAUCCUCCCUAAACACUACUGUCCUCAAUAAUGUCAAAGCAUCUCCAUCCUUGGGGAGGAAAAGUGGAACCAGCUGCCCCUCAAGUAAAAACAGCAGCCCCAACAGCAGCCCAAGGACUUUGGGGAGAGGCAAAGGGCGCCUGCGGCUGCCCCAGCUGGGGAAAAACAAACUGUCCAGCAGCAAGGAAAACCUGGCUGCAAACAGGGAGAACGGUGCUGAGCACGAGCAGGGGGAUGCUCUGACUAAAGGACAGGUUUUGGGGGGCAGCCAGAGCGAGCUGUACCCCGGGCAGGACAGCGAGGGGGCUCUGGCCAACGGGUACCUGUGGGAGCAGAGCUCACUCAGCAACGGGCAGGGCGAGAACCACAGCGAGGACGACACCGCCGACGACCAAAGAGACAGAGACGACGUCUGGGUCAACCCCAUCUACAACCUAUAUGCAAUCUCGUGCCAUUCAGGAAUUAUGGGAGGGGGUCAUUACGUCACUUAUGCCAAAAACCCGAACAACAAGUGGUACUGCUACAACGACAGCAGCUGCAAGGAGUUGCACCCGGACGAGAUCGACACGGACUCUGCCUACAUUCUGUUCUACGAGCAGCAGGGGGUGGACUAUGCCCAGUUCCUGCCCAAGAUCGAUGGCAAGAAGAUGGCAGACACGAGCAGCAUGGACGAGGACUUCGAGUCCGACUACAAGAAGUACUGCGUGCUGCAGUGAGCCUGAGCUCCUCAGGCUGGGGGAGAAACCCUGGGAUGUGCCCCUGGGCAGGCCCUGACUGAGACAGAGAACAGCUUGUGGUUGUCGUUGUCCCCUGUGAGCUGAAAGCACAAAAAGAGCCCCUGGUUAAGCAGUUAAUAUCCAGUAGUAUUGUUUUGUUCUGUUUUCUCACUACAUGCUCGAAACGUUUCUGAUGUUGGACAUCUGAGACUGCCACUGGCCUUUAAAUCCAAUGGUUUGAGAAAAGCCAACUAGGACCAAAUAAGAGCUAAAUUAAACAUCCAAAUAAGAGCUAAACAGAGUAGUGUAGAGUUUACCAACUGUUCUAACACCCCCCGAGGCUCUCGUUAGGUUUAAGGUAACGGGGAAAAACAAUUUAUAGUGUUGUCUUUGGACAACAUGAUAUUGCUACCUCCUUUUUCCUGCAGUUUUAUUGCAUUUUAUUGGCAAAACAGGGAAGGCAAGAGAAGGAAAAGUGCAUAAAUGGAAACAAAUUAUUGUCAUGGGGAAGAGAAGUUUCCAGUUUUGCCACCACUUAUGUGUGUCAGUUGCUUUCUUUCUGUAUGUUGGGAGCACAACCAAAUCAUCAUUUGAGAAGAGAUUAAUUUCUACACUUGAAUGGUUUAUUAUACUUGUGUUUUCUCCACGUGUUGGCUGUGCAGAUCAACAUGUUUCAGGAAUGGCUUUUCUGCCUGAAGAGUGCUGGCUCAAACUUUUUUGAGCUGCCUCAAGAAGAAACUUCAGGUUGGAGAGAGUAGUUGUGAUUACACUCACGGUGUCUUAAAAUGUGCACAUUGCACAAAAAGUUCCCAGCUUUUGGAAGGAGAGAUGCUUGAGCUUAUGUUUCAUGACUGGUGUUGCUUUUGAAAUUUGCACUUUUGAAAAUGCAUCUGAUUCAACUGAAACCCACUGUUUGUUUGGUUUUGUUGUUGUUGUUGUUGUUGUAAGGGCUCUGGAGUGAAUGGCUGUGAGUAUCCACUGUGUAUUUCAAAGGAAGAAGCUGUGGCUGUCAGGUAGCUGUCGUAGCAUUCAUGGAUGGAGGUUGUUUUUUUUUUUUUAAUUGGUUUCCUAACUCAGUUUCUUGUUUUCAAAGUUUGGUUGCCUUUUCAAAUGAUCUUCUUUUUGUUUGUUUGUUACACCAGGUUAUGCAAAUACUUGCAAUUAAACCAGACUUGCUUUCCAUGCCCUUGCAACGUGCUCUGUAAUUCAAGGGGCUUCUUGCAUGAAGGGAAGUGUGACUGAGUCUUAGCAGAGACUGGAAAAAAAGAGGGUUGGUUUUUUUUUAUUUGAGCAGGCAUUUCUUUAAACAUUUUCAGUGUUAAAUUGUUUGCAUAUCUGAAUGAAGAUAAAAAUUUUCACUCUUUUGGCCUUUUGUUCUUCAGCUGAGCUUAAGCAGCUUAUUAAUUUUGUCACACCAUCUUCCCAGUUCUCUAGAUUUUUGUACCUUCACUAACAAAACUGUUACUCACGUGGUUCUCUGCAAUUAAUGUUUGGAUUCAUUUUGGGGUGUUUGACAAGAAUUCCAGACCUUCAGCAGUUUAUCAUUUCCAGGAGGAUCUGGGGUUUAUCCAUUGAAGAAAUGAUAUCAGCUGGUCUGGCUGUCUGCUCAGGCAGAGCCCUCCCAGCCUUUGGAGGUUGUGCCUCUUUGGGGACAGCAGAUCUGUUCCAGAAUGAGUCUUGUCUUACCUGUCAGGUGUUGCUCCUUAUCCUCUGUGAUCUUUUAUCUUUAAAGUGGUCUGAACAUUGAGCCUAAAGAAAAGCAAACAUGACUAGUGAAUUUCUAGGUUAGAAGCUUUUUCAACACCCACUUGUCUACUCCUCCCUCCGCAAACUCCAUGAAAAGUGAAAAAUUUUCAAUUGAUUUACUUUAAAAUGUUUUAUUUAAGCAGGUAGCACAAUCUACUAAUGUUAUUUGAUCUUCUGUGUUUGUUACAUUGGUUGUAAUUAAUUUUUUAAAUUAAAUUAAUUCAAUAAUUAGUAGUAAAUUUAUUAAGUUAACUAUUAACUACAUUCACUUUGUAAAUUAUUGUAUAAAACUUAUUGACAAUGCACUGACUUUAGAAAGAUGUUAAUGUACAUAAAUGCCUUGUAAAUAAAAUAGUGUUGAUGUACUGGAAUAUGAGCUGUAUUAAAACAAAGGUAUUGGUAAUUGUAUAUGGAGUGAACCUGUUUAUCUGUAACUAUAUUAUUCAAACAAAUUAAAUACUGUGGAUGCAGAUGAAGUGUCA